AUGUUAAAAUUACAAGUAACUGUUGGAUCAUCGUAUGAUCCAUCGACACAUAUUAUUUUCCUUCCUAAUGAUGAUGAGAAUCCUUUUUUUAUUGAUACUGAAUAUUUCACUGGAAGAAUUUGUGUUCGCGUUAGAGAUUUUAAAGGUGUACCUCCACCUGAAAAAAAACUUUUAUCAUCGAGCCCUUACUUUAAUGGAAACAACUAUCAAUAUUCUAUACAAAUUCAAGGAAGGUUUAAAGGAAACAAAUGGACAGCUGACGAUAUUCUUUUUGGGAAUGACUUUGAUCGCAAGAUUAAUUUACCCACCAUCAGUUGGUUAGGAUUGAAAAUAUUGAAAUGGAUUGACCCCGCUCUAGAAGCUGAUAUUUAUUCGGAAAAACCUUGGGCUUAUAGUCCGUUACUUUUUACUACUAAUUCUGCUCGUGUUCAAGAUUCAAAUGAUAGUAAUGAUUUACCUCCAUGGCCUUCUCCAAAUGGUGAACAUCUUAAGGAUGAUACUAUUUAUGAUCCUAUUAUUGGAUCAUUGAUUUCCACUGAUGAAACUUCACUGGAAGUGAACGAUGAAAUGAAUAAAAUGAAUUUUAUUGAAGAUAAUGAAAAAUUGAUUCCUGAAGAGAUUAAGAUGGAAAAAAAUGCAAUAUCUACACCAACAUCUGUUAAAUUUCAACAACAAUGCCAAGGAACGUUAACACCAAAUUCAGUCGCAAGAUGGGCAUCAGUUAAAUCACCAUCAUCAAAGAAUCAUUUAACUCCUUACAGGCGUCUAGUUGUAUCUCAAUUCGAAUCCAAUGCUUCUUCAAGUGAUGAAAGUGCUAGUGAUGAUGAAUUUGAUUUCGAACAAUCAUCUGUUGACUGA